CGACAAAGAGACGUUCGUUACAAAGGAGAUAUGGAUAGUGCAAGUCUGAGAAGCGACGUUUUCAGGUGAACUUCUAGGACGUUUUGAAGUUUUGUACGUGGGAAGUUGGAACCUGGAAUUUUGUGGGAAGAGCUUUCAGGGGUACAUUUUGGCAUAUUUUGGAGGCUCGAGAAGAGGUGAGGUUUCAAAGAGACGUGUUAAAAACCUCUCAUAUUCUGAGGCGAUCUCAAAUUUACGGCUUGGCCAAAUCACGGUCAAUAUCAAUAUCAAGUGGCGAAGAGCCCACUAUCACAGCCACCAGAACCCAAACAAUGAAACGAAGGAGUUCCCAGCCACCACUACUGGACCUCCCCGAUUUUCUCCAGGACUCUCCUUUCCUACCAAGCUUUGAUUCACGUGUCGACGAUGACUACAAAAGACACCACCAACCCCGCCCAACGACCCGCCAAAUCCUGACCUCAAAACCAGCCCGAACAGUUCUAGCAGUCCUGCUCACAAUCCUCGCACUCAUCUACCUCCGAAACUCCCUUCGCAGCCAUCAUAUCUGGGCUCGCCUCACUGGCCCAUCAUGCUACUACACCGAUCCCGUGACCGUUCCGUCCUCGCACUCAGGCGUGGAUGUUGACUGGUCGAAAUUCGCAUAUACGCAGUAUGCCACUAAUGUCGACUACCUGUGUAACGCGGUGAUGAUCUUCGAGACGUUGCAUAGAUUGGGGAGUAAAGCUGAUAGAUUGCUGUUGUAUCCGAACAAGUAUUCGCUUGAUGUGACGCUCGGAACGGUCGAGAGUAGGCUGUUGGUUAAAGCGAGGGAUGAGUUUAAUGUUACACUAAAGGCGGUCAGGGUGCAGCAUCAGAAUCUGGCAGCUUAUUCCGGACCCAACUGGGCAGAUAGCUACACCAAACUCCUCGCCUUCUCCCAAAAACAAUACACCCGCCUCCUCGUCCUCGACUCCGACGCCACCAUCCUCCAACCCCUCGACUCCCUCUUCCUGCUCCCCUCCGCCCCAGCAAUCAUGCCCCGUGCGUGGUGGCUCCCCUACCCAUUCCUCUCCUCGCACUUCAUGCUCAUCGAGCCUUCUGACCGCGAGUUCUGGCGCGUGCAGAAAGCCAUGGAGAACGCGAGGGUGGGCUAUUACGAUAUGGAGAUUAUGAAUAAGUUGUAUGGAAGGACGUGUAGGGUCUUGCCGCACGAGAAGUAUGCAUUGUUGACGGGAGAGUUGAGAGCGAAGGAUCAUGCGGGGUGGCUUAGUGGUGGGAUUGGAAUUGGGAAGGGGAAGAAAUUGGGGUUGGAUUGGGAUGUGGAGAGGAUGAAGAGGGAGGCGAGGGUGGUACAUUUUUCAGACAGUCCGUUGCCGAAGCCGUGGUUGGCGACGGAGGAGCAGAUUGAGAAGUUUAAACCGGAGUGUGUUGAGGGUGUAGGGUGGGAGGAGGACUGCAGAGAGAGGGAGAUUUGGGUAGGGUUUUAUGAGGAUUUCAGGAGGAGGAGGAAGGUAUGUGAUAUUGCGUAUUGCCGUGAUAUAUGGUACUGACUUGCGUAUAGGAUAUAUGUGCUAUGUGAUGUAGGCCCUAUUGAUUUGGAUAGUAAAAGUCAAUCGCGCGGAAUUGCAAUAGCUGUGUACAGCGGAGUAGGUAUCACAAGUCUUGGAUAGGCUAAAAAGCCCCAUAUUCCAUAUAACAGAAGUAUUAGUGAAUCUCGACUCAAUCUGUAGUCGGAAAUAAUCACCAGCAAGAUUGUAUUACAAUUAGUGAUGGACUUGUUCCCGUGACCCUGGAGUUUGUCAAUAGCAAUUUUCAUUGAAUCCGGCUCUGGGCUUUACCGGGAGAAUGCCUAGCAGGAG